AUGGAAACAACAAAAUAUUUAUGUAACUUAAGGUGCGAGGAAGAGAGAAAAGGCCUACAUAAAUGUCAUGAAAAAAUAUAUACUAAAAGAAAGACUUUCUUAUUAAAUACUUCUGAUGAUUGUGGAACACAAACGCCGAUAAGAUAUGAUGAAAAGAUAAAACAUACUGUUAAAGGAAAUUGCAUAACAAGAAACAAGAACACUUGUAAAAAAUGUGAAACAAUUGAGAAUAAGAAAGGAGCUGUACUUUUGCACAAAUAUUCUAACCAUCGUGCUUUAUAUGAUCACAAUUGGUACAAUGGAUAUAGGGACCAUGACAGUGUUUUCAAAGAAGUGGGUAAGGUCAAUGUGGGUACAAACAAUUCCAAUAUUUUGAAAGUUGAUGCAGGAAUAUUAGCAAGUGAUGAAUAUGACAUGAAAACAAAACUACAACCUACACGUAAAUGUGAACGAUCUAAAAAUUACAAUAGAUUAAAACAGGAAAUCGAGCGUGUUUCUUCAACUGUUGAAUGUUUUCAGGACGAAAGUUAUACAGACAAUAUAGAAUAUAACAGUCAAAAGAAAAAAUCUGAAAACUAUGAAUGUGGCGAUGACGAAGUAAGGAGUAGAAAAAAACCACAAAAAUUUGAUUAUAAACGACCUCUUAAGGGAGCAGAGAAAAUAAAAGUCAACCCAAAAAAUGAACAUUUCUGUAAUAAUAACAGACAACCUAAUAUUUGGUUAAGACCUGGUUCAGAUAUUGAAGAGGACUUAAAAAAAAAAUAUGAAAAUAUGUUCAGAAAAACCAAAACAAGGGAAAUAUAUAAAUGUACAAGUGAAUUAGGCUCUAAGUCAAGUAUAGAAUUACCAGAACCUGAUGUUCAUAAAAGAUGUAAGACUCUAAGAAAAAAUACAUUCGAAGAAAAAAACUUGGGUUAUGAAAAUAGAAACGAUUUUAAAAAAAAGCGGCGUCAUGAUGGGUGUUAUAAACAACAUUUACCAAAACAAUCUUGUAAUUGGAAAAAUAUAAAAAAAUGGACUAAAAAACAUGAUUCAAUGAGAGAGAAAAGUAAUUUUAAAUGUCCUUGUGAAGAUACGAUUAGAGUAAUGAGAAAGAAAAGUAAUUUUAAAUGUCCUUGUGAAGAGUCUACCGAAAUAACCUAUCAAAAAAAAAUUGCACCUCAACACCCGGAUCCAUGUAAACAAGGUGACGGGACCGUUCCCUGUAUACAAGAGAAUAAUUUACAGAAAUGUACUUGCAAAGUGGAAAGCUGUAACGAAAUCUUAACAGACCCUGAAGAUUUUGAAGGAUUUUGUUACAAGCUACCAUUACCUAGAAGAUCUUGUCGCUCUAAAUAUAAUAAUACAAUUAGGCUUGAAAAACAAAUCUUAAAUAAAGAAUCGAAAAACUUUGAAUGUCACUGCGAAAGAUAUCAAGCAAGCCAUAAAUCACAAUUAGAAUAUCCAGAACCCGAUACUUAUGAUACGGAGAAUAAUUUAAGAAGAAACAUGUUUGAUAAAAACUAUCAUGAAAAUAAAACAUGCAGUCAAAAUUCGUGCAAUAUUGAAAAAUAUUACAAACAACCUCCACUGAAACAAUGCCGUUGCAAAAAUAUAAAGAAUUGGGCUAAAAAAAAUGGUUUAAGCAAAAUAUCAGACAAUAUUAAAUGUCCUUGUGAAGAUACUCCUGGUAUGAACUAUCCAAAAAAAAUAGCAUCUGAAUACUCAGAUCUAUGUAAACAAAAUAACAAUUUGAAAAGAAAUACUUCGAAAGAUAAAAACACAAAAAACGUUACGGAUUUGAGACAAAAAUAUAGGUAUUGCAAACAGUUCUUAUCAAAUUCAUUUCAUCGACAUAAUUAUCGGAAGGUGUGGACUAAAAAGCACUGCUUUGAUAAUAACACAAAUGGCUUUCAAUGUCCUUGUGUUAACACUAGUGAACUUAUCUAUAAUGAGCACAAUACACUCCCAAAACGAGAUAAAUAUGGACAAGAAAAAAAUUCAAACGCACACAUUUUCAUAAAUGAAAGCUUUGACGAUAACAUAAAAAAUCUUUUAGAUUCUAGCAAUACGCUUCAUUAUUUUGAAAAGACCUUGCCAGAUCAGUUUUAUCGUGAUAAAAAUAAUAAGACCUUGCCUAAAAAACAGACCUUAAAUAAAAGAACAAAUGCUUCUAAAACCCCCUAUGAAGUUAACAAUGAACUAAUUACUAAAACACAGUCAGUUUGCGGACGAUCUAAUGUUGAUAGUCAUUUAAAAGAAGGUAUUUGGCAAGAUCAAAGAGUAUAUAAAAGUACAACCGAUAGUCAAGAUUCGAGUAGUAAAUGUUAUCAUAACCAACAACUUUUACCAAAACAAUGUUGUCGUAGCAAGAAUAUUAAGGUCUGGACUAAAAGACGGCACAAAAAUGAGGAAACUGACAAUUUGAGGUGUCCAUGUAAAAUAAAUAAAAUUCCAUGUCGUACAAAAAUGGAGCCAUCAGAUAGUAAAGGUCGAUACAUUGAUGAAUCAAAUUAUGAUAAAAACCUACCUGAAAAACAUAAGACGAUAGAACAAAUUGGUGAUUUACAAUGUCCCUAUGACCUAUCUAAGGGAUCACAAUUUAAUUCGAUAACUGAUUAUAAUUACAACAAAGAAAAAAAUCACCCUGGUCACCAAAACAUUGAUAAGAAUAUUGAAACCACAAUAACCAAAGAAGAAAGAAAUCAACUUGUGAAUCAACUUCCAAGAUCCAAAAUAAAUAAAGCUCAAAAUUGUAGUAAUACCACUGAAAAAAAAUACAAUUCUUAUCCGAAUGAAGAUCUAGCAUAUAAAAGUAGAAUAUUGUCCUGUGCUGACACACAAACAAGUAAUAGUUUUAUUGAAAGUUCUGCUUUCAGUAGAACAUGUCUUAAUCAAACAGAUCUUAAGGCAAAAUGCACCGAUGUCAACAGUUCUGAUUAUAAAAUUGAAUGCAAACCUGAAGAAUCUGAAAGCAGAACAAAAGACAGUAUGAGUGACCGAAAUGUAAUAAAAAGAAAAAGACCACACAUUAUAAAAAAAAUGAGGUGCCUAUGUACUCGUGGACACGUAAGAGAUUUAAAUAGUUUCAAGACCAACGACGAUGAUUUAGCUAAUAAAAAUGUACAGUGGUAUAAAGACCUUAAAAAUCAACCAGAACACGCCUUGGCGAGUUGUUUUAAAAACAAAGUUAUAGUUAAAAAUAACCUUUUGAGGAGUAAGAAGUUUGUUUCGCAUGGUCUUCAAUUAAAAAAAGUUGGACAAUUAAUCCCAUUCAUAAAAGGCCUUAAAAUAAGCCUUAGAAGCCUCUCGAAAAAUACUAAUAAUAAAACUAUUAUCAAUAUUUGA